AUCGAGCCGGUAUAAGUACGGCAGACGGACGGCCGUUAUCGAUUUAUAGUAACGCGGUCGGCUGUGGAAGUUUGUCAUCUUAUAAUACAAAAUAGUACACACGCCGGAGUCGUCGUAUUCAAUACUUUUUUUUGUUUCUUGUUUUUUAGACGCGAUUCCAGUCGAUCGUUUUGUUAUAUUAUAUCUCGUACUUGGGGUAGUGAAACUCGCAAAAAUUAACUUUUUAUAAUAUACGCUUGCGUUUUCGUUUCGCAUGUGCCAGCUGCAGUAUGAAAAAUAUAAAAAUUUCAUUCCUCAGGUCAUCAAUUGCGGUUAAGCAUUUAUUCGUCAAUCUGCUGUUGACGCCGAUAAUUAUUACGCUGACAACCAACACUCCAACGUCGUCCGCCAUGAACUUGUUCGAAAACUACAGCUUGUCCACAGUGGAAAUGAUCCGAGACAAUGGUUACGAGGUCGAAGUCCACCAUGUCAUCACGGCUGACGGUUAUAUUUUGGAGUUGCAUCGUAUCCCCAGGAGUAAGGCCGGACAAGAACCCACAAGAAAUCAUCCGGUGUUCAUCCACCACGGCAUUCUCGGGACAUCGGCUGAUUGGGUACUCGCUGGAGCCGCCAUGUCUUUACCUAUGCAACUCGCCGAUGCCGGAUACGACGUGUGGUUGGCAAACUGCCGCGGUAACACUUACAGUAGAAAACAUAUUUCGAUGACUUACAAACAAAAAGCUUUUUGGAAUUUCAGUUUACAUGAAGUCGGGAAAUACGAUUUACCAGCUUCUAUCGAUUAUAUUCUUGCAAUAGCGAACACUUCACAACUUCACUACAUAGGUUAUUCCAUGGGCAGUUGUGUGUUCUUCAUUAUGGGUUCAGAGAGACCCGAAUAUCAGCCCAAAAUCCGAUCGCAAAUCAGUCUCGCGCCUGUCGCCUUCUUGUCGAACACCAGAUCGUCUCUAAGAUUUAUGGCUCCGUAUGCAAAAAUGUUGAACAUCGUGUAUCAAAGGAUGUGGAAAGGAAUGUUCAUGCCCCAAUCUAAUAUGCAAAAGUUUUUGGCGUCAACCAUAUGCAGAGAAAGAAUAACGCAGAGAAUGAUAUGCGAAAAAUGCAUCAUAUUUUCCGUUUGCGGCAGCGACCCGUAUCACUUUGACACCAAAUUGAUUCCUCUCAUCAUGGGACAUUUUCCGGCGGGAACGUCGGCCAACCUUGCCGCGCACUUUGCACAGUUCAUAUUGAAAGACACUUUUGGUCAGUACGAUUACGGUCGCGCCAUGAAUUUGCGUCAUUACAAUUCUACCGAACCGCCCACGUACGAUUUGAAAUCUAUCCGAGUGCCCAUCACGCUGAUCUACGGCGAAAAUGACAUACUAGCCGACACGACAGACGUAAUGAAACUAAAAGCCCAACUUCCCAUGGUCGUGGACGCAUUUCCGGCAAAAAGCCCGUACUUCAACCACGUGGACUUCUUGUGGAGCUCCAGGGUCGCCGAACAGAUCAACGACCCGGUCAAGGAAAUACUGCAGAAGACCGACGACCUUGGCUGGACGUACACGGGCCCUGCGGCCACCGCCACCGCCGUGGACGCGGUCGUCCCCGUGGUCAGUCAGCCGCCGAUCCAGAUACUGCAGCUGAACCCGUUAUCGGGUACCGUCAACCUGGCGCCCAGCCUGGAGUUCUUCGCCGAGAACCUGGACGCAAUCAUCGCCAGCACAAUGCCGCGGCCGGUGGACGAGCGCGACGUGGCCGUGUUCGAACUGGAACGGGAACAACAGCGGCUGCUGUUUGGCGGUGUCAUCAGGUUCGCACAGGCGGCCGAGAAGAAGUACGGACAGCUCCGGGAGGAGAUCACCAACGAGAUCUCCGGCUGGGCCGAUGACGUGGCCACCGGCGCCGAAUCGCGCGUCAAGCAGACAGCCGUCCUGGUGAACGGCAAGAUCGCGUUCGCCGGACACUCGGUGGCCGGGGCCGUGGGCAAAGCCGAGCACUUCGUCGUCGGCGGCGUGGGCAAGGCCGAACAGACCGUGGUCGUCGGCAUCGGCAAGGCCCAGAACUACGUUAGCUACGGUCUAAACAAGGCCGACCGGGCCGUGAACGGUGCCCUGAACGCCACCGUGGGCCGCGUCGGCAGGGUGUUGUGGUUCUGGAAGUGACGCGUCGGCUGCCGAGUCUACCGCGCCGUCCACAAGUCUAGAAAUAUUAUUAUGUAGUAGCGAUAUCGCCGUCGUCACGCGCUCAUCUAUGUACUCGGACGCUCGGCGGGAUCCGAUACAGCUGCAGUUAGUAUAGUUAUAGACUUAUAUAGUUACUUAUAUUAUUAUUAUCGUGAUCACAAUAUUAUUAGUUAUACUAUCGCUUAACUAAGCUGUACGGUUUAUCGUUUAAGUCAUUUUUUAUAAACAGUACCUACACUUUUACUCAUGUGUUUGUAAUUUUUUUUAUGUAAAUUGUUUAUUCUUCGUGUAAACUUACUUGAGACGGUAUUGUAAAGUGUGAGUUGUGUAAUCAUUUACUUACAUUAUUUUAUUGUCACGGAGUCGAAUUUUUACAUAUUUUAUUUAUAAAUACAAUUUAUAUUAAAAUUUUA